CGCCCCACUCGGCUCCCUUCCCUUCCCCUCCCUCCUUCUCUCUCUCUCUCCUUCCUUCCUUCCUUCUGGGCCCACCACCGCCGCCUCUGCUCCUGGCCUCCCAUCCGCCACGAUGCCCAAGACGAUCAGCGUGCGAGUGACCACCAUGGAUGCCGAGCUGGAGUUUGCCAUCCAGCCAAACACAACUGGGAAACAGCUGUUUGACCAGGUUGUGAAAACCAUUGGCCUCAGGGAGGUUUGGUUCUUCGGACUCCAAUACCAGGACACCAAGGGCUUCUCAACAUGGCUGAAGCUAAAUAAAAAGGUGACAGCGCAGGACGUGCGCAAGGAGAGCCCGCUACUCUUCAAGUUCCGGGCCAAGUUCUACCCGGAGGACGUGGCGGAGGAGCUGAUCCAGGACAUCACCCAGCGGCUCUUCUUCCUCCAGGUCAAGGAGGGCAUCCUGAACGACGACAUCUACUGCCCCCCAGAGACCGCCGUCCUCCUGGCCUCCUACGCCGUCCAGUCCAAGCACGGGGACUUCAACAAGGAGGUCCACAAGCCCGGAUACCUGGCCACCGACAAGCUCCUGCCACAAAGAGUUUUGGAGCAGCACAAGCUCAACAAGGACCAAUGGGAAGAAAGGAUCCAGGUGUGGCACGAAGAGCACCGGGGAAUGCUCAGAGAAGACGCCAUCUUGGAGUACCUGAAGAUCGCCCAAGACCUGGAGAUGUACGGCGUGAACUAUUUCAGUAUUAAGAACAAAAAGGGCUCGGAGCUGUGGCUCGGUGUGGAUGCCUUGGGGCUGAACAUCUACGAGCAUAACGACCGGCUAACACCCAAAAUUGGAUUCCCAUGGAGCGAAAUCAGGAACAUUUCCUUCAACGAUAAGAAGUUUACCAUCAAGCCGAUUGACAAGAAAGCCCCAGACUUUGUCUUCUACGCCCCUCGGCUAAGGAUCAACAAGCGCAUCCUGGCCCUCUGCAUGGGCAACCACGAGCUGUACAUGCGCCGGCGCAAGCCGGACACGAUAGAGGUGCAGCAGAUGAAGGCCCAGGCCAGGGAGGAGAAGCACCAGAAGCAGAUGGAAAGAGCCUUGUUGGAGAACGAGAAGAAGAAGCGGGAGUUGGCCGAGAAGGAGAAAGAGAAGAUCGAACGGGAAAAGGAGGAGCUGAUGGAGCGGCUCCGGCAGAUCGAGGAGCAGACCAAGAAAGCUCAGCAAGAGCUGGAGGAACAGACCCGCCGGGCGCUGGAGCUGGAGCAGGAGCGGAAACGGGCGCAAGAGGAAGCGGAGAAGCUGGCGAGGGAGCGGCGGGAGGCGGAGGAGGCCAAGGAGGCCCUGCUGAAGGCCUCCCACGACCAGAAGAAGACCCAGGAGCAGCUGGCCGCCGAGAUGAUGGAGCUGACAGACCGGAUCACGCAGCUGGAGGUGGCUCGGCAGAAGAAGGAGAGCGAAGCCAUGCAGUGGCAGCAGAAGGCCCAGAUGGUCCAAGAAGACCUCGAGAAGACUAAGGAGGAGCUCAAGUCGGCCACCAGCACCCCGCACGUCCUGGAGCCCAUGCAGUCCGAGAACGAGCACGACGACGAGCAGGACGAGAACGCCGCUGAGGCCAGCGCCGACCUGCGGGCACACGCCUCCAUCAAGGACCGCAGCGAGGAGCAGAGGACCACCGAGGCCGAGAAGAACGAGCGGGUGCAGAAACACUUGAAGGCUCUGACGUCCGAACUGGCCAACGCUCGGGACGAGACGAAGAAGACGGCCAACGACAUGAUCCACGCCGAGAACAUGCGCCAGGGCCGAGACAAGUACAAGACCCUGCGCCAGAUCCGGCAGGGCAACACCAAGCAGCGCAUAGACGAAUUCGAGUCCAUGUAAUCCUUCCCGCCUCCGCCCCGGCUGCACUCUCCUUCCUUCCUUCUUUCCUUCCUUCUCUCCUUCUCUCCUUCCUUCCCUCCUUCCCUUCCUCUGCUGAGUCCAACCGCGUUGUGCUGGAACCGCUACAAAAGAGCCUCCACGGCCCAUCUUUGGCCGCCCUUCUGUCAAAGGACCAAAACAAAUUCUAAUGCCAGUCGAUUGUGCCUUAUGGAAGAAGCCCAGUCUGUGCCUGUGUGCCCAGUCUGCGGUGCCUGUGGGGUCUCUCCUCCUCUCCAGCCUUAACAAACCCAAACUUUACCAAAUUCUAGCAACAUAAUAUUGAGACCCACUGCAACUUUUCACAGUCUGGAGACUGGAGAGAACUGCAGUGGAAGGAGGUGUUUAAGAAGCACAAAACGAGGUGAAAAUCCCCUCUUCUUCCCCAAACCAAAGCUUCCCACCAUUCCUUGAUAUUCACCAGACCAAACAGAGCCUUCUUUGCAGUAUUUUGCAUGUGCCACCUGCUUGGAAGAGUCAAUCUGGACGGAUUGGGAUAAACUGGGAGCGUUCCUCUCUUGAGCCCAACUCCAGGAAUGGCCCUGGAUGAAAACAAGCAAAAGAGGUGCCAACUGAUGCAGCCAUCUCCUGGUGCCUUACAACAUAUGUUCUCUCUUUUUUACAUUUCUCACCAGCAGUUUUAACACCAAAUAUCCCUUAUAUGGCUUCCGUCUCACACUUCUCUACAUCACCAGCCAUUUGCCUUGUCAGCUCCACAUUUGGUUUGAAAGAGAGAGAAAACCAUGUCUCUUUCUGCUGCCUUAAAUACCAGAAGAUGACAGACAGGUUGCCUUUUCCUUGCCUUGGAGUGCCUUUUGCUCUUUCGGUUUCGGCCAAAAACACAAAAGGACCCAGAAUCUCUGCUUUUGGGGAACUUGCAAACUGCUUCGCUGGCAGUUUUUUGAAACCCAGACAGCGAUGCUUGGUGCCACUUUGGUGCCAACCAUUCAUUGCCGGCUGCUCAUGGCUGGCUGUGCAAUGACCCCGAACCAUCUCCAUUCAUUGGAAGAGAGAGCGUGCCCCAGAGAGUUAAGGCAUCGACGUGAAAGCUGGAAGGAAUCCCUUUGGAGGAGGACGAGGACGUGGCCUUCUUUGUCUUCCCUUCCAAAGCGAUUCCUUUGCAAGGCUCUUUCCUAGUUGUAUAAAAUUCCUCGUCAUCUUUGGCACCUCUGCAAAUCCCUCUUUCUCCGAGUCUCUUUGCUGACAUUCCAUAUCCAGGAUGUAUUAAUGCCAAAAAGUGUUAUUUUUAAUAGGAACAAAAGGAGGCAGGUGAUGCUAGAAGUGUUUUUGGAGAGGCGGAAUGACUUUUGUAUGACUUAACUCCCAGAAAAGGUAGAAAGAAGUCUCAGUAUUUUCUAUUUUUAAGGCUCCAGCUUGCCUCCUUGGAGGACCAGAUACUGGUGCCAUAAGCAGUAGAGGUUGUAGAGAGAUGUGCCCAAAAGGUCCUUUUAAGCCAUCUCCAAAUAUCUUCAAUGUAGAGAGAUGUGCCCAACAGGUCUUUUCAAACCAUCUGCAAAUAUCUUCUAUGUAGAGAGAUGUGCCCAAAAGAUUAUUUCAACCGAUCUCCAAAGAUCUUUGCUGCAAAAAGAUGUGCCCAAAAAGUCUUUUCUACCAUCUCUGAAGAUAUUUGGUGCAGUGCUCAAGAGGUCAUUUCAACUCAACUCCAGGGAUUUUUAGUGCUAAGAAAUGUGCCCAAAAGGUCCUUUCUACCACCUCCAAAAAUCUUUGAUGCAGAGAGAUGUGCCCGUAAGGUCUUUUCAACUCAUCUCCAAAGAUCUUUGGUGCAGAAAGAUGUGCCCAAAAGGUCCUUUCAACCUAUCUCCAAAGAUCUUUGGUGUGGAGAGAUGUGCCCAAAAGGUCCUUUCUACCAUCUCCAGAGAUCUUUGGUGCAGAGAGAUGUGCCCAAAAAGUCCUUUCAACCUUUCACCAAAGAUCUUUGGUACAGAAUAAUGUGCCCAAAAGGUCCUUUCUACCAUCUCCGGAGAUCUUUGGUGCAAAGAGAUGUGUCCAAAAGAUCAUUCUACCAUCUCCAGAGAUCUUUGGUGCAGAGAGACAUGCCCAAAAGGUCCUUUCAACCUAUCACCAAAGAUAUUUGAUGCAGAGAGUUGUGCUCAAAAGGUCAUUUCAACUCAUCUCCAGAGGUUUUUAGUGCUAACAAAUGUGCCCAAAAGGUAAUUUUAACCAAUCUCCAGAGAUCUUUGGUGUGGAGAGAUGUGCCCAAAAGGUCCCUCUCUGAAGAAAGUGUGUUCUUGACUUUCUCCUCCGGAUACAUUGUGCCUUUAGGGUCCAUUGGGGAUGCAAGCAGCCUUCCCCAUCCCUUCUUCUUAACCCCAAAACAUGCUUUUAACCUUCAAAACAAAAUCCAGAAUUGUUGGCAUCAUUUUGCAUUUUCUACACUGAAAUUGCCACUGAAAUGCCCAGCGUUUGGCACACUUUGGAUGCCGUGCUGCCUCCAUAGUCAAUGGCAAUUUGUGGCCCUCCUUGGCACCAUCUCCCACUGACUCCCAGUUACCUCCCAGUAUAGGAACCCAAAGACCUCUUCUCCUGCUGUAGUCGGUCCAGCUCUCUUCCCUGAUCUUACCAGUAUUAUAUAUAUUCCAGUGGUUAUCUAAUAAUAAUAAUAAUGAUUGAUUUUCAUCCUCUCCUUUCUCUCUCGCUCUUGUUUUCCCUCGCUAUGCACAAUUAGAAAAUGUUAAUCUUGAGCGGGGAGGGAAUCACCAAACGCUCCCUCCUUUCUCCAUUGAACAAAAAAAUAAAUAAAUAUGUAUACUGUAUUGUAAAGAGAUGAUAUUUUGCAGGAAAUUUAAUGUAAGAAGCACUCAGUAUUACCAGGAGAUUUUUCUAGAGAUGUUUUUUUUUUUAAUUAUUAGUUAGGAUACCUGGAGGUUUUCCCCUUCUCCCCCCUUUCCAACCACCGUUUUGUUUACUGCUAUGACUUGGAUAUAACAUGUCGUUUCUCUAUGGGAGGGGGGAAAGCACCCAAUUAAACACGUGGGGAAUUUUUUUUUUUUGGUCUGGCUUUAUAUUUGUGUUUUGGGGAAAAAAACAAUGACUGUAAAUUAUAUCAGUUCUUUUUUUUUGACCAAGCGUUUGACGUCUCACGGCGAAAACACCGAUCCUUCCCUUGGAAGGGCUGCAAGGCCAAUCUGUGUAUUGAUAUCUGCCGAAUUUUCAGCCGCUUCCCAUUCAAAGGGGCUUUUUGUCAAGUCCGUUUCCCCCCCCAAAUCCCUUCUUCAUCCAGUGCCAAUAAAGUUUAGAUCAGUCGAUA